CAACUACUCGGUUUAACCAAUGGAAACGUUUGUGGGAUUUUUUAUUCUGACCGCAUUGCAACAAAGUUUACAGUGGUGCAAGUAAAGCUUUAUUUUUGUUAUUCUUUAUCCGAUUCCACGUUUAAUGCAGCCCGAAAAGGAUGUGAAAGGACAUCAUUUAGAAACAUUUAAUCGACUGUUAUGUAACACGCCUAGGAGCGAAGUACAAACGUUGCUAUUGCCCAGUUUUUUUCUUGUUUAUGGCAUGGUAGACAAACCCAUCGUUGUGCGAAGCGAUCGAUGACUGGCUCUAACCGUAUAAUAGUAGGCUAACCUCAACCGUGGCUGGUUGCUUUCGAAUUAGUUUGGGUUGUAUACCUAGUUCGGUGAAACGGCGUAGCCUACAUUAGAAGAAAAAUAAGGCCAGCAGCUCGGUCUUUUUCCAAGGUCCCGCUGGUUUUAAUGCAGAAUCACUGUAUUCACUGUCCUAUGAUUAUCAGUCAAGAAUGAAUGUCGGGAAAAGUGGCUAUCGUGUCUUCUCCGCCAACUCUACCACAGCGGCCACCGAGCUCGCCAAGAAGAUCACAGAGCGCCUUGGUGUUGAGUUGGGAAAGUCUGUGGUCUACCAGGAGGCCGACAGAGAAACAAGGGUAGACGUGAAGGAGUCUGUGCGUGGGCAAGACAUCUUCAUCAUCCAGACAAUCCCCAGAGAUGUGAACACUGCCAUCAUGGAGCUGCUGAUCAUGGCCUACGCCCUGAAGACGUCAUGUGCGAAGAACAUCAUCGGGGUCAUCCCCUACUUCCCCUACAGCAAGCAGUGCAAGAUGAGGAAGAGGGGCUCCAUUGUGUGCAAACUGCUGGCGUCCAUGUUGGCCAAAGCAGGUUUAACUCACAUCAUCACCAUGGAUCUACACCAGAAGGAGAUCCAGGGCUUCUUCGGUUUCCCCGUGGACAACCUGCGGGCCUCGCCCUUCCUCAUCCAGUAUAUCCAGGAGGAGAUUCCAGAUUACAGAAAUGCUAUUAUUGUGGCCAAAUCCCCCUCGGCUGCAAAGAGAGCUCAGUCGUACGCCGAGCGGCUGCGUUUAGGUCUGGCGGUGAUGCACGGAGAGGCGCAGUGCUGUGAGUCGGACAUGGCGGACGGGCGCCAGUCCCCCCCUCUGGUCCGCUCCUCCAGUGGACACCCCGGCCUGGACCUGCCCUGGAGGCACCAAGCACCGUUCCCCGGAAUAGAGCUCCCAAUGAUGAUGGCAAAAGAGAAACCUCCUAUCAGUGUGGUGGGAGAUGUCGGUGGCAGAAUUGCAAUCAUUAUCGACGACAUGAUUGACGACGUGGAGAACUUUGUGGCGGCUGCUGAGAUCCUGAAGGAGAGAGGUGCCUACAAGAUCUACAUCAUGGCCACCCACGGCCUUCUCUCUGCUGAUGCCCCAAGGCUGAUAGAGGAGUCUGCCAUCGAUGAGGUGGUGGUCACUAACACGGUCCCUCACGAGGUCCAGAAGCUGCAGUGCCCAAAGAUCAAGACUGUGGACGUGAGCAUGAUCCUGGCCGAGGCCAUCCGCCGCACCCAUAACGGCGAGUCCAUGGCCUACUUGUUCCGAAACAUCACCGUGGACGACUGAGCCUGGCUUGAGGAGCCCAGACUGACCAGCCAGCAGGAGCACAGGAGGGACCAAGUGGCUGCCUGUUACCCGUCGUAACACACACACACACACACACACACACACACACACACACACACACACGCACUCUCAUACUGCAUAUUGCUCAAGCACUACACUCUCGUACAUGCUAUAUUUACUGUAUGCAAAUACAAGUACAAAGGCUUGCCACAGACCACAGCAGAUACUUGUUUGGAACCCACCCACAAAUGUUCACACGUAUAUGGACACGAACACAGACCCACACACUCAUGACACACAGACACGUGGUCAAGAUGCAGUCAGACCAAGGAUCCAGCCACUCUUGCCUUCUAUUAGUAAUUCCUAUUUCUCUAUAGUUGUAUGUUGGUGAUCUCAAGACAACUGUGUUUGACUGUGUAGCAUAUGCAGACAAGACUGCACUCACAUGCAGAAGCACAUGUGAGAUGACACUAUUUUCCAUGCGAUGCAACUCGACUGCCUAAUACAAUGUGCUUCAACCAUGCGUUGUCUUCUGAGAUGUUCUUUGGGAAGUUGUAUGUUCCUGUGCUUGAUUGUAUAGCGCUACACCGCUCAGCAGAAGCUAACUUGGUAGAGGGACACUAGUUUUCACAGCUUUUUGGAGGCCAAGCGUGGAAUAUUCUCCGUAUGCCUGAAUUUCACUUUGCCAUUUUGUUUCAUUUGUUUGUUUUAAACACAAAAAAAAUACAUUUAAAAUAAAAAUAUAUAUGAGUUUUAAA